ACUCUGUUGCAUCUCGCAUGGUAGUAUUAGGUCUUGGGGCCGGAAGAGGACAUUUUUGAUCUCGUGCACCUGCAUGAUCUGCUCUCCUGCAAUUAGCGUGAAGCUUCCUGUGGUGAUUUGCAGGCGUCGAUUCGGAGCCGGGAAGCAUUCUAAAACGCAUGAUCAUAAGAGAGGUGGCGCGGAUCGGAAGCACUCGGGGCUUUCUCUCCUUCUUGACGGAGUGAGAAGCGAGGGACAGUUUUCGCCGCGUGGUCUGGUGAGCAUUAUCAGCGUCAGCACACGCGUAAAGACCACCACAGACAAAUCUGAAAUUUUACAGGAUUCAGGAUUUUUGGGACAUGCCAAGAAGCCCUCGAUUCAUAAGAGUAUUGGCUGGAAGGCGGACUGACUGACACCGAGGACGACAUUCCAUAUUCUAUGCUAUUCACUUUAGAGUUCAGUUUUUGUUCCACCUUCUACAGGGCUCGGGGAGGGAGAAGAGGAGAAGCUAGAUGAAGAGAGCCGCCUCGCAUCACUACGACGAGGGUCAGAUGUAGAUUUUUGGCACUGCAAAGUUUGACGUCUCCUUAGGAGUUUUGUGGUUUUCUAAUCGCAAUAGUGAGAGCUGAAGAGACACGUUGCUACCAUGUCCAAAUUUAUUUUGGAAAGUUCUAAGAACGCUGGAGACAAAGUAUUAGAGAAAUGAAGGGCAUCUACGUUCACGAUCAAUGCGGCUCGCAGAUUUCGUUACACCUUUGAUCUGAACAAGAAGAAGCAAAACGACCAGGUGUGUGAGAAAAAGAAAUUCAAAGUAGGAGGCUUAGCUACAAAAGCUGCAUUUAGAUCUAUUGAAGCAGGUCGGAUUACUCUGGAGAAGGUUACCUUGUGUCGGGAGAAAGCUGAAAAGAAUGGAUUCGACGUCGAUGCUGCUACUCUUGCAACGAUGAUCAAGAAGAACGACAAAGAUACUUUGAUCCAUCUUGGACGUAUUCAUGAACUCGUAGCCAAGCUGCAGGUGAUUGAGAAGCAAGGCAUAAGCGAAGAUGAGACUGACAUUCAGAGGAGGAAGGAAGUCUUUGGAUCAAACACGUAUGCGGAAAAACCUCCGAAGGGAUUUUUUGUUUUUGUGUGGGAGGCGAUGCAAGAUCUUACGUUGAUGGUAUUGGUAGUUUGUGCUCUUGUCUCUCUUGUUGUGGGUAUCCCAACUGAAGGACUUCAAGAAGGAUGAUAUGAUGGGGCCGGCAUUGGCUUUAGUAUCAUCCUGGUUGUGCUUGUCACUUCUGCUAGUGAUUAUCAGCAGUCUCUUCAGUUUCGAGAUCUGGACGUUGAGAAGAAGAAAAUCUUCAUUCAAGUAACUCGGAGCGGAUGUAGGAAAGAAGUGUCUAUUUACGACCUCGUCGCUGGAGACAUUGUCCAUCUAAGUAUCGGCCACCAGGUUCUAGCAGAUGGCGUGCUUAUCAGAGGGUACGAGCUUACAAUUGAUGAGUCGAGUAUGAUUGGAGAGAGUCUUCCUAGGCACAAGAGUGUCGAUCGCGGUCCAUUUCUUCUCUCUGGAACGAAAGUGCAGGAUGGCUCUGGAGUGAUAUUAGUGACCUCCGUUGGCAUGAACACUGAAUGGGGCCAUUUGAUGUCCACACUUUCGGAAGCUGGUGAUACCGAGACACCUUUGCAAGUCAAGCUAAAUGGUCUGGCAACUUUCAUUGGAAAGCUCGGGCUGCUGGCAGCAAUCCUUACUUUCCUUGUCCUUAUGAUAAGGUUUCUCGUCAAUAAGCAGAUGAGAGGUAUCAUGCACUGGGGUGGCAAUGAUGUACUUGCCAUUGUUGACUACUUUGCCAUAGCCGUGACGAUCAUUGUGGUAGCCGUCCCAAAAGGGCUUCCUCUUGCUAUGACUCUCACGCUUGCGUUCACAAUAAAGAAGAUGAUCCACGACAAAGCUUUGGUCCGCCACCUGGCUGCUUGUGAAACUAUAGGCUCCGCCAGAACAAUCUGCAGUGACAAGACUGGAACUUUGACCACCAAUAAGAUGGUGGUCAAGAAGGCGUGGAUUGCUGGGAAAGUCGGUGAAGUUAGCAAACUGAAGUCGGAGAUCUCACCUCGAGUUCGGGAAAUCCUCAUUGAAAGUAUAUUUAUGAACACGAGUGAUGAUGUUGGCGAGCCAUCUAAGGAUGGGAAGUGUCCCCUCAUUGGAACACCAACAGAAACUGCUGUUCUUGACCUUGGAGUGAAUCUUGGUGGACAAUUCCAAGAAGUGCGUGCCUGGUCAGAAAUUGUGAAGGUGAAUCUCUUCAACUCCGAGCGGAAGAGAAUGGGAGUUCUUGUGCGAUGUGCACAGGGUGAACAAUGAGCACACUGGAAGGGUGCUUUUGAAAUUGUGCUAGGCAUGUGUGACCGAACCGCGGAUAAGGAUGGAAACGUCGUUCCUCUAGACGACGACACACGCCAAGAGCUUGUUGGCGUUAUAGGAAUGUUUGCUAACCAGGCAGUAAGGACUCUGUGUCUUGGAUAUAAGGUCGUGGAAUCUCAUUCUGCUUCAGAAAUCCCGGAAUCCCAUUUAGUUUGCAUUGCGAUUGUGGGAAUUAAAUAUCCAGUACGCCUUGGGGUUCCAGAAGCUGUUGAAUUGUGCUUUGCAGCAGGAAUUAAAGUUAGGAUGGUCACAAGAGAUAAUAUUGAUACCGCAAAGGCCAUAGCACGUGAGUGUGGUAUUCUUACUGAUGGAAUCACAGUAGAGGGCCCUGACUUCCGUAUGUGGAACAAUGAGCAGAUGAUAGAGCGCAUUCCUAAACUUCAGGUCAUGGCCAGAUAAAAACACUUUGGUCAAGUGGCUUCGAUCUAUGGAUGAGGUUGUUGUUGUGACCGGUGACGGAACAAAUGACGCGCCGGCCUUGAAGCUCAGCGGUCAACGGGGAGAAUCUGUCGAAGGAAUUUACAUCGGCUUUACCGUUAUCGAUCCAUCAUCUCGAGCAAGAAAGACUGGUUGUGAAUGUAAGUAACAAUGACAUUCGCUCAUCUUCCUAGACAAAGAGGAAGCACGAGUAAUCGGAGCGAUUUCCGCAUCUGUUGUAGUUUUAGUAAGUGCAGUAGCUGCUAUGAGCUACAAAGAAGAAGGAAGCACGACCCAAGCCAAAGGAGUACUCGUCUCUACUGGGUCAAUUAUAUGGGAUUCAGUCGCCCACAUGAAAAAAACUGUCGGAACGAUGUUGAGGGAAGGUGCAGAAAGUGUCAUUGACGCUGGAACUUCGACGGCAACAUUGGCAUAUUGUCUGAUUUCUGUUUUAAUGACAGCCAGCGAUGGUACCAUAAAUUCAAACAGAAGCUAGCUGAAGCCUCGAGUAGCUGCAUUGGUAGCAGACAUAGCGGUGCAUGAGUACAGAAGAAAAGCAGUUGUGGAAGCAGGCAGAGGUCAGGUAGUAGACCAGUUGCUGAAGGUUGUGGCAACAGUGGAUGCUCACGUCUGCUUGGUAUCUCAAGCAGAGUCUGCGCGGACACUAGCAUAUCUUCUUUCUGAUGAGAGUACUUGUGAGGACGUUUUGAGUAGACCGGGAGCUUUGUCAUUAUUGUUUCAGUUCGCAUCGUCCCUGCAUGCCAAACAGGUUUUUCAAGAUUGAAACAAAGGACAAGCUCUUCACGUUGCCUCUGAGGGCUCAAGGGGGAGAAGUAUGCUAGUGAUAGCAAUUAUAGAUCUCAUUACGUCCAGCUGUGAUGCUGAGAUCGCAAGCGUUAGACCCAAACUUCCAAAAAAUGCUGAUCCCGAAGACAUUGCCGCUGCUCUCCAAGUUGCGAAAGACGGUGGUUGGCAUGAUGAUGAUCAAAAUUUGAACGACAGUGACUCACCCCGUAAGAUUGGCAACAACCGGAAGGGAGUUCAUGGAAUUGAGAUUCGAGUUCUUGGUGGCACAGGUGUGCUCGGAGUUCAGAGGGAACAGUACAGUCUCUCACUUAGUGAGAAAUUAUAUAGUAGUCUCAUGGAAAAGUUGAAGGAGUUCUAGAUUCUGAGGACCCUACUUUCACUUCAAAUGGCAAUAGUAGUACAACAUUUCUGACAAGUCGCAAAUGCGGGGUGGGGGAGGCUAGAAAGUCGUUGCUUCUGAACGUAGUCGGGCCAAGUAUGGUUCGUGGGAUGAUCUACAAGGUUGACACAAAACAAUACCCUUAGCAGUUUGGGCUCUUGCAAACUGGGCUCAGGCAUCUGCUGGAAAUCAUGCAAAGAUUUUGGAGCUUGACGGAGAUGGGAAGGCACUCUAAGCAGCUGUCUUAGCUCCUGAAAAGACUGUCAAAUGGCAUUGAGCAAUGGCUAUGAGACUACUUCUUGGAAGAAAAAACUAUGCCCUCAAUGAUAUUGCUCCUCGCUGGAGCUCUGCUUUUUUAGGGAUCGCUGCCUAGGUUGGUAAAGUUGAAGACACUUCUCUUGCACAUUGUGCGAUUUUAGCGUUGACUGCCUGUGUGUCUCGCUCAAAACCUGCGCAGAGUCUUGUGUUUCACACAGGUCUCCCUGUUUUGCGCGAGAUCGCUAAUGAAUCUGAGGUCAACUCAGCCGUUCAGGGAGCACUGGCCCAACUGCUAGAUGUGCUCACCGCUGAGGAAGAUGGUCCUCCUGGUAGAUGAAAGUAAGAAAUGGGCCGCUACUUUAUUGAGAUGGGCUUGUAAUCGAGUAAGUGACAAUUUUACUCGUGAUUGUUGCUCAAGAGUAUUUGUUAGGGUGCUGAACAAUCUUGGAUAGGGCGGCAUCCCCAUUUCACAAGCCUGGCUAGCGCUAUUGCUUGUAGAAGCAGUUGCAUACGGAAAAUUAGGACAUGUGAAAACAAAGAGGCAUGGGCAUGCGAGCAGUGAGGCGAAGUCUCGAGAGGUAGAUGAAGCUAGUCCGUCCGGCACCGACUUAGUUCUCUACAAGAGGAUAGCUGACAUGAAAGCAGAGGAACGACGAAAGGCCGUGGAGGAAAUAAUAUAUGCUUUGAUUAUCCACAAGUUUGUUGAGGCCGAUGUGAAUCUGGUUCAAACUUUACCAUUCGUCUCUGACACCGAUACUAGACAGGUUGAGAUUUUGCCUACUCAAGAUAAGCAGCUAGAGAUUGUCCAAUCUGCAGAGGCGUUGAAGAUGGUGAGGGAGCAUCUGGCCGUAGUUUCAAGGGAUAGGGGAACAUCCACUUCCCUGGAUCAACACAUCAUUGCGCACAUUAGCAAGUUGCGAGUCGGCCAACUUAGUAUUGUCGGUAAAACCAUUCUUACAAGAGUAGAAUGCGAUUACAGUCUUGCGGACUUGUCUUUUGCUUUAGAGAUGGUUUCUGAUUCGAUAGGUCAACUGGCAAACAUUGGUUCCGCCGUAGCGAAAGCUAAGUAGGGUAUUGAAACUAAAGAAGGAGCUCUUAGUUUAGAUCCAAUUUUGAAGCAAGUAUUUUCUAGUAGAUCAGCUUUGGCUCAGGCGACUUGCUCCAAGAAAGAAAGGUUGUUGACCGAUGUAAGUACCACAAUUCUUAGCGCCGCUGAAGCUUGGAAAUGUGUAGGCGAAGACGUACCUUUACUGCAUGUUAGUAAUGGGAACAACGCGGAUCAAGCGCUUGUGAAGAUGGGAACCGCAGAGGCGAAGAGUUCGGAAAGCUCUGGAUUACAGGGUGUAGCCAGCAUAGCUCAAUUAGUUCAGGAAGUUCAGAGUACCGCCGUUGUUACUCCGAGAGUGCUUUUGAGUGACCUUCCGCAUCCGGAGGUUGGUUGCUUGCCUUUUCAUGCUACAGUUAUUUGAAGUAGUGUGGAAGCGCCGAGCCUUCAUGCCGCCAGCUCACUCACCGCGGAAGCAGUCACCCUGCGAGCAGUUGGGGCAGAUCACCGACAACCCGCCGAGGUCUAGAAGCAUAUACUCAAACCCGACCUUCACAACCAAUCUUUUUCCCUAAGUUAAGGAUCUGUUUUGCCGACUUCUCUUACCUACAUUGUUUUUUCAACUAGAGUCAGUUCACCUUGAAGACCUGAUGUGGUUAUGAGUACCGACCGGAGGAGGAGCAUCUCGGGUUCACAAGGGACCAAGUGAGCCGGCUGUCUAGUUGCACCCGGCUGCUAAUCCGGAGAGUCAAUGGCCACCACUAGAAAUAAGUGGCGGCCAUCGGUCUUGAAUUGGCAUACUAGUUGGUCACUUGUAGGAGAUAGCAUUUAAGUCGGGGGUUUCUAAAGGUAGGGGCCUUUCUUGUACUCCGUUUUGAGUUUUGCAAUUGAGAACACACCUAUAGCUCUG